AUGCAGGAUCCUCGAUUUCUGCCCCAUCUGGUAAGACAGGCUCCCAUAUCAGUUGAUGUUUUCUACGAGGAUUUAUUGAGCUUGUUGAACCGAGUGUCCUGGAAUCAUGCAACUAACGAUGGCACCCUUCUGCAAGAACAUACCCCUGCUAAGAGCCCAUGCAAACAAGCACCAGAAGAACCCUUUAUUAGGCCUGCUGUUCAGCACUUGAUGGAUGAUAAUGCAGCUCCGAGUACCAAGGGAUCUAACAUAAUUAGAGAUUUUCCAUUUCUUCCGCGGUAUAUAUCCAUUCGUGUUCCAGGCUGGCUGCUUGAAUACUGGAUGCGGACCGAUUCCCGCCUUACUUAUCGUGAUAUCAAAGCACGGAUGACGGCUCCACCAGCCGAUAUUCCUUCUGACAACGCAUUGAAUAUGCGGCGUGAACGCGAAGCCCGCUCGCCCCUUGGUCUUUCAUGCUGGACCACGCGCCGGGGAAGCAUCACUAAAGCCGAAGUCGAAAGAGUUGAGCGCCUAUCUCAGUCUCAGAUAUCAUUUAACACCACUACAACCAUUGAGUAUGCAUCUGGUGCAAAUGGCAAAAAAAUUCCUCUGCACCUCCUUAUGAAACGCCUUGAUGGAGGGCCACCUCAUCGAUAUCCACUGGACACCUUCAUGGAUGGAAAGCAAGGACCUCAUUUGCCAGGACAGCGCCUAGAGUCAACCAUUCAGCUCCUCUGCCAACUCCAGGAUUACGCCAAUGCUCUAGGGGAAGACGACUGGCGAUCCCUAGCACCAGAAUAUCUUCCUGAAACUUGGGCCAGAAGAGCGGCGAAUCGAUUAAGGCGUCAGGCUGAGAAGGCAACUGACAGUGAGGAGAACCUCACCCAUGCUACUUCUAGUGGCGACACCGAAACCAAGGUUGACAAGGCUAUGGAAAAGAAAGAGUCAGACACAAACUGCGCAAAGGACGAGGUGAAAGAAACAGGAGCAAAUGGCUCUGAAGACAAGCCCCUUCCAAAAGGUGACUCUCCUGGCGGUCGUAAUAUCAGUCAGAAACCCUCCAUUUCUCCAAACAAAAAUGGUCCUUUACCGCAAACCCCCUCUCCGUGUAGUGAGAGUGUUGGUUCGUCAGCGCAAUCCCAAAAAUCGCGGUAUACCAAUCCAUUUGUCAAAAGCCAGCUAGUUCUAUCCUGUGACACCCAAGACCUUCUAGAAGACUGCGACGGCAUAUGCUGUCGGCCACUUGCUUCCCAGGAAUCUCAACCUGCAUUAUCAUCUCACUCUGAACUCGAGGAUAGCCCACGGGAAACCCCGGGUGUUGCUUCUUUGUCUGAUGGCGACUCUGAUAACAACCAGAACUCAGACUUGGAACUUCUUUCUGAAUUGGGCCUGCACCCGCAGCAUAGGGGUCCGUUAUCCGCUGCUUUCAACGGCGGUGGUACAUAUUCAAUCCGAAACAACCCCAAUCAUCGCCCGAAUACUCAUACCGACGAGAGCAUGAGGAGAAACGACCCUUUUGCUAACUACCUCUAUCUGCCAUCUGGAACUUCUAAUUUAUUUGGUGCUGAACGUGCAUAG